AUGAGCUUGAUCUCGGUGCCCCUGCGGCUGAUCAACAUCCAGCUGCGCACUGUGCUGGCGGUUGGGGGCGUUGGCGGGCUUGCCAUUGGUCUGGCCCUACAGAAUCUGGUUCAGAAUCUGAUUUCUGGGAUCCUGAUCUACACCAACGCCACCAUCUGCGAGGGCUUGGAGGUCGAACUGCAGGACGUGAAGCUGCAAGGCGUCGUCUCUGAGGUGGGGUGGUUCAAUACGACGGUGAACGGCUACGACGGGACGCGUGUCACUGUCCCCAACCGGCGGAUUCUGGACGGCACGGUCAUCGACAAGACCAACAAGCGGUUCCGGGUGUGUCAGAAGCAGCUUGUGGUUACGUUCGAUGACCCCUCCAGAUUAGCCGAGCUUGUCUAUGCGGUCCAGGAGGACCUCCGCAACAACCCCUUCGUGCUGCAAAAAGCCUCCGUGCUGAGGAUACGGACUGCCAACAGAGGACACAUCAAAAUCUACGAGCCACAGUUCGCAUUCGCGGGAUGGUCCGAGUUUGGAGCUCAAUUCUUCCUCCGCGCCUACAUGGAGAAGUCCCUGCAGGGGGAUCGCUUUCUGAACCAGCAGAGCAAGCUUCUCAUCGACGUGCGGCUUGGCGAUCAUGACCUGAAGACUAGAUCUGAUGAGUUCCAUAGCCUUUCCCCAAUGUUCUACUGA